AUGGAGGCCGAACACUUGACGACAGCCAAGCUCAACUUCCCCAAGAAGCGUUGUGGCGUCCUCGGUGCUACAGGGUCAGUGGGCCAACGCUUCAUACUCCUCCUCGCACUGCACCCGCACUUCGAGCUCACCGUCGUCGGCGCCUCGUCGCGAUCAGCGGGCAAGAAGUAUAAAGAUGCUGUCAAGUGGAGACAGGCGCUGCCGAUGAGCAAAGAGCUCGGCGAGCUGGUGGUGAAAGAAUGCAAGCCAGAGGAAUUCAAGGGACAGUGUGACUUGGUGUUUAGUGGAUUGGAUAGUGAUGUUGCUGGAGAUGCUGAGAGAGCUUUCGCUUCAGCUGGUCUUCCGACUUUCUCCAACGCCAAAAACUACCGCCAAGAUCCUCUUGUACCACUGGUUGUACCUACAGUCAAUCUAGACCAUCUGGAUCUCAUACCUCAUCAGCAGAAAACGUGGAAUUAUUCCGGUGGCUUCCAGGUCUGUAAUUCCAACUGUGCUGUCAUUGGCCUCGUCAUUCCGUUCGCCGCUCUACAGCAGAAAUUCGGACCUAUCAAGGAGUGUAGUGUGGUCACCCUGCAAGCGGUCAGUGGAGCCGGCUACCCAGGUGUCAGCAGUAUGGACAUGAUCGACAACGUCGUCCCCUACAUCUCGGGCGAGGAAGAUAAACUGGAGAAGGAAGCCCGAAAGAUCUUGGGUGGCAUCAGCUCUGAUGCCAAAGUCUUCGAGGAGCAGAAGGACCUCAAAAUCUCUGGGACAUGUACUCGCGUGCCUGUGCUGGAUGGCCACACCGCCUGCGUCUCCCUCACUUUCGAUCGUCGUCCGGCUCCUUCGGCUGAGGAGGUCAAGGCUGCGUUACGGGAGUAUGUGUCGGAAGCACAGAGGAUUGGGUGUCCAUCCGCACCGGACCAUGCUAUCGUGGUCAUGGAGGAGCCGGAUCGGCCGCAGCCUAGACUUGACAGGGAGACUGCAAGAGGGUAUGCUGUGUCGGUUGGUCGUGUGAGGGAGGAUGAAGGAGGAAUCUUCGAUAUCAAGUUUGUGGCGCUGAGUCACAACACCAUCAUCGGCGCCGCGGGCAGUAGUCUGCUGAAUGCUGAGGCGGCUGUGUUGAAAGGGCUGCUCUGA